AUACUAGUGCAGAAACAAAUUCCGGUGAAUGUGGAUGAAGUCAUCGAAAAGCUUUUCUCUGAAGCAUGGAGCCUGGAAAGCGCCUCAUUCACCAAGAUAAUCUGAUGAAUUGUGUUUGUUCAGGUGGAAGAAAGCGCUAUACAGUUGUGGAACUGGGCGGUAACAAAACACGUGGGUUCUGCAAUUAAUGAACAACAGAAAGCAAAAGUCCGUCAUGUGGCAUGCAGACUGCUCUAUGCAUGUGAGCCUCAAGACCCAUCAGAGAGUGUUUUGCGUAGACAGGUCUUGAUGGCCACUAAGACCGGUAGAACCUGGCUUGACUGUAAAAAACCAAAACUUGCUGAUGACUUCUUUGGUCUUGCUGUGAAAAGCCUGGAGAUAUUAUACAGCAGACUUACAGCCCGUGGUGAUGGCAGGACAGAUAUCAACAUCCCAAAAGGAGAUGUAGAGAAGGACCUGUUUCGAGUGCUGUCUUACCAGGCUGAAUCAGCAGUGGCCCAGGACAAUCACCCGGAGGCUGUCUCCUGUGUACAGCGUUGCAGGGACAUGCUAAUGCGUCUGCCCAAAGAGACAGGUUAUCUCUCACUCAUAUGCUAUAACUUUGGAGUGGACACCUACAAUCUGAAAAAGUAUGAGGAAAGUUCAUUUUGGCUGAGCCAGAGUUACGACAUAGGAAGGAUGAAUAAAAAGUAUUCCCCUGGGGCUGAAGUACAAUCCAAAAUCCUGAGGCUUCUAGCAACUGUCUAUUUGGAGUGGGACUGUCGGCAGUUCCAGGAAAAGGCCCUCAAUGCAGUGAGCUUAGCCAACAAGGAAAGUGCUCACCCCUCAGGGUUCUACUUAAAAACCCGUAUUUUACUGAAGUGUGAGGCCCGGGACGAGGCUGUCAGAGCCGCAAUAACAGAACUUCUUGAGUCUGACGUUCCUCUCGAAGUGUGCUUGAGCAUAGUGAAGCUCCUUAUGGGAGAAGACAGAGAGGCUCUGGCCUUUGAGUUUCUGAAGAGGGUGUGCCAGCACUUUGAGUCAUCCUCUGAGCUGGGCAGCGCUCUGGUUCUGCACGUAGAGCUUCUGCUGCAGAGGGGCAAGGAGCUGCUGGCCAGGCAGAAGGUUGAGGAUGUGAUUACAGGUCACUACACAGGUAAACAGCUGUCUCCUCAGACUCUUGGCUGCCUCCAUCUGCUGCUGUGGGACAGAGCGUCCAAAAAGUUUGAGGCCAAUGACUAUUCGGAGGCUGUGCAGUGGUAUAACUACUCCCUGAGUUUCUACUCGGCGGGGCAGAUGGAUCAGAACCUGGCCAAGCUGCAAAGGAAUCGAGCCUCGUGCUUCCUGCACCUGCAGCAACUGGAGAAGGCCAGGGAGGCCAUAAAGGAGGCCGAGAGGUGCGACCCGGACAGCAUCUUCACGCAGUUCAGCGUCUACAGGAUCGCGCUUCUCGACAGCGAUGUGGAGAGAGCUGCGGAGGCCGUGAAGGCGAUGGGGAAGCUGGCGCAGAGUCCCGUGAGAAGUGAGGACAGACUCCUCGUGGCCCAGAGCGCUGCCUCAAGCCUCCUCAGUCUGGCUGCGCAGAUCGCGCUAGAACAUGAGCAGCAGGACAUCGCCAUGAAGGCGUUGGAGAGCCUGUGUGAACACUCUCAGGAUGGAGCACAGGUCCUCACUGCCCUCAGGUGUUUAGUUCGCCUUGCGCUUUCUACAAUAGAGAGAGCCUGUGAGGAAGAGAGAGAUCCAGCUUUGGAUGUUCUCAAGUCAUAUCUAAAUAUGGCACUGCAGAGAGUCUCCCAGCUCAUCCCCCAGCACGGGCCCAGCUUGAGUCCAGAGAAGCACACAGAGGAGGCCAACUGGUUCAGGAAGAUCGCUUGGAACCUGGCCCUGCAGUGCGAGCACAGCCCCGACAGGAUGAGGGAUUUCUUUGUCCUCUCCUACCAGCUGUCCCAGUUCUGCCUCCCAGACAGAGCCGUGCUCAUGGGACGGAAGAGCUGUCUCCUGAUGGCUGCAGCAGCCUGUCUGGAGCUGUACAGGAAGUCUCCUCAGUCACUGCAGCAGACAGAGCAGCUGACUGAAGCUCUGGAACAUAUUCAGAUCUGCUGGGAGGUCUGGAAAACACUCAAAGCUUCAGGAGACUUGUCCAAAGACCAGACCGAAACCCUGCUGUUGCUGUAUGAAUUUGAGGCUCGGGCCAAGCUGAAUGAUCCCAAGUUAGAGGCAGUGCUGGAGUCAGUGCUGGAGCUGGAUAAUAUCGAGACCAAGACACUGGAAACUAUUGCAGGCCUGGCUAUGGAGCCACCAGCCUACUUCCCCCUCCUUUGCAAGAAGGCUCUGCGGAUCGCGUUGUCCCUGCACAAAAAACAGCCCCAGCCAGACCUCCUACACUGCAGCCAGUGUGUGCACAGCUUGAUCCAGCUGUCCCUGCCCGGUGGGGUGUCGGAGGUGGAGCCCCGCGUGCUGGAGGAGGUGUGGGGCUACUACGAGGAGGCCCUGUCUAUCGUUGCCAUGGCGCCGGAGGAGUUCCCGGAGCUGGAGAUCCUGUGGCUGCUGACGCGUGCCUGGAACACGGGCAUCCUGCUCUACAGCCUGGCUCAGUACCCCCAGGCGGAGAGGUGGUGCGGCCUGGCGAUGAGCUUCCUCUGCCGCCUGAGCUCCCUGCAGGACAGCUACCAGACGCAGAUGUCGGGUCUCUACGGCGAAGUUCUGGACAGGUUGGACAAAGCCAAGAAAAAUCUGGUCAUGGAGGAGUGA